AUGAGCAGUCUGUACGUGCGCUAUGCACAUGAGAGCAGCAGCAUUGAGUCAAUGACGUUCCCUGCCGAGAUCGAUGCGGCUGUGCAAGAGAUCCACCGCGAGUGCUCUAGUACGACUUCGGCUGAGACUGCCCUGGCAUCUCUGCUGCUGUCAAAGACCGUGGAGCAUCGCUACCUGAUCUGGUGGCGCUACCGCAUUCUGUACAAGCAGAGCUUGACGGUGUGGGUGAAGAGCACGAGCGACUAUGGCGUCUUGCUGAAGAUGCUUGCGAGUCCCUUGGAGCACGUGGAAGCCGAGAUCUUGCGUAAGGCGACGGUGGGCCUCGGUACGAAAGAAGAAUGGAUCUACCCGGUCGUGAUGGCCCGCUCGAAUGCUGAGAUUGCGCUAUUGAAGAUUGCGUUCCGGGAGAAGUACGGCGACGACCUGGUAACGGUGUUGAGUGGUGAACUGAGUGGUGAUCUGAAGAAGGUGAUCCUUACCGCUGUGCGCGGCGAGGUGGCCAACUUCGAUGCGUCUGUGCACACGAAUGCAAAAGCUCGUGCAGAUGCUGACGCGCUGUACAAGGCCGGCGAAGGAAAACAUGGCGCGGAUAAGAAGACGUUCAUCGACACUCUGGUGCUGAGCCCCGCGGAGCACGUGCGUGGCAUCAGUAGUGCGUACGAGGCGAAGUACAAGACAAGUCUUGUGGGUGUGAUCGAGGCGGAAUUCUCCGGCGACGCGAAGCGUGCGCUGCUGUUCCUGGUGCGAUCGGUGCUGGAACCAGUGAGCCUGCUUGUAGAGCUGUUUGAGACGACGCUGAAGGGGGGUAGCAAGAACGUAUAUGGCCUGAGCGCGUGUGUGGUGCGGUACUACCGCCACCUUGUGCACAUUCGCACAACGUACAUGCGCUCGUACAACCAGGAGCUACGUACUCGCAUCCAGGGUGUGGUGAGUGGCGAGUGCUACCAACUGCUUCUGUCGGUGCUCGACGCAGCAGAGACGGAGUUCAGUACGUCUGCAUCUGGACCCGUAUGUGGUUCAGCCAGUGCUACUGUGGACGAUGCUGUAAGCGGUGACGCCAUCGGCACGAGCGCGUCAGUGGAGAAGAAGGCGGGCAUCUCGUCAAGUGCUACUGUGAGCACGAGCUCGAAGGAGAGUGCGGUUGCCGGCUCAAAGACGGCGACGUCUACCGUGAGCGGCGAGAAGAGCACUACUGAACUAGCAGUUGCGGGCACGACAGCGAUGAGCAGUCUGUACGUGCGCUAUGCACAUGAGAGCAGCAGCAUUGAGUCAAUGACGUUCCCUGCCGAGAUCGAUGCGGCUGUGCAAGAGAUCCACCGCGAGUGCUCUAGUACGACUUCGGCUGAGACUGCCCUGGCAUCUCUGCUGCUGUCAAAGACCGUGGAGCAUCGCUACCUGAUCUGGUGGCGCUACCGCAUUCUGUACAAGCAGAGCUUGACGGUGUGGGUGAAGAGCACGAGCGACUAUGGCGUCUUGCUGAAGAUGCUUGCGAGUCCCUUGGAGCACGUGGAAGCCGAGAUCUUGCGUAAGGCGACGGUGGGCCUCGGUACGAAAGAAGAAUGGAUCUACCCGGUCGUGAUGGCCCGCUCGAAUGCUGAGAUUGCGCUAUUGAAGAUUGCGUUCCGGGAGAAGUACGGCGACGACCUGGUAACGGUGUUGAGUGGUGAACUGAGUGGUGAUCUGAAGAAGGUGAUCCUUACCGCUGUGCGCGGCGAGGUGGCCAACUUCGAUGCGUCUGUGCACACGAAUGCAAAAGCUCGUGCAGAUGCUGACGCGCUGUACAAGGCCGGUGAAGGAAAACAUGGCGCGGAUAAGAAGACGUUCAUCGACACUCUGGUGCUGAGCCCCGCGGAGCACGUGCGUGGCAUCAGUAGUGCGUACGAGGCGAAGUACAAGACAAGUCUUGUGGGUGUGAUCGAGGCGGAAUUCUCCGGCGACGCGAAGCGUGCGCUGCUGUUCCUGGUGCGAUCGGUGCUGGAACCAGUGAGCCUGCUUGUAGAGCUGUUUGAGACGACGCUGAAGGGGGUAGCAAGAACGUAUAUGGCCUGA